CAUGGGCUGAUGCACCGGGAGAGGCCACUGUCUCCCUCCCUUCCAAUGCCACGACAGUCUCACUUUCGGAGACUUGAGCGGCACGUAUUGUACAUCCGGAUCCCCAUCUGCCCCCUCCUCCCUCCCUCCCUCUCCCUCUCUCUCUCUCUCUCUCUCUUUCCCACCCGUCCUCUAUCAGUCCAGGUGGCGGAGCGCACUUCGGCCGUGGGAUGCAGCCUGUCAUCUCCGACACAUGGACAGCGAAGCUUGGAGCUGCCGAAGCGCGCCACGGCUCCACUAGCUGAAGACGACCACGUCUCAACAGACGACGCUCCUGCGUUUUUGUUUUUUCUUUUUCAUAUCUCCUGGGACCUCAGAUAAAAGGAUAUACUUGUUCACCCGCACUUUUUUUUUUGAAAAAAAUCUUCUUCUUUUCAAACCGCAAGAGAGCAGAACCAGUUGUGUUCAAUGCGCAACCAUGCUCAUCAUCUCGUCUCGCAGUGCGCUGCUGUCCGUCUACUACCCGCAGAUCUUCCUCAUCCUCACCAGCGGUAGCUACCUGGCGCUGUCCUCUGUGGUAGCUCUAGGUGCUAACAUCAUCUGCAACAAGAUCCCAGGACUGGCUCCUCGUCAGAGAGCCCUCUGCCAGAGUCGCCCUGACGCCAUCAUCGUCAUUGGCGAAGGCGCCCAGCUUGGCAUCAACGAGUGUCAGUACCAGUUCCGCUACGGUCGGUGGAACUGCUCGGCCCUGGGCGAGAGGACCGUCUUCGGACAAGAGCUGAGAGUAGGCAGCAGGGAGGCCGCAUUCACUUAUGCCAUCACCGCAGCAGGAGUUGCCCACGCAGUGACCACAGCUUGUAGCCAGGGCAACCUCAGUCAGUGCGGCUGUGACCGCGAGAAGCAGGGCUACCAUGACUACCAAGAGGAGGGCUGGAAGUGGGGAGGCUGUUCGGCUGAUGUUAAGUACGGAGUGGAGUUCUCGCGACGCUUUGUAGACGCCCGUGAGAUAAAGAAAAACGCUCGGCGGCUGAUGAAUCUACACAACAAUGAGGCAGGGCGAAAGAUCCUAGAGGAGAGGAUGAAGCUGGAGUGCAAAUGUCACGGUGUGUCUGGUUCCUGCACCACUAAGACCUGCUGGAUCACCCUGCCCAAGUUCAGAGAGAUUGGUUACCUUCUGAAGGAACGAUACAGUGACGCCGUUCAAGUAGAGCCAGUCCGGGCCUCGCGGCUCCGCCAGCCGUCCUUUCUACGGCUCAAAGAGGCCAGAGGCUACCAAAAGCCCACGGACACAGACCUGGUGUACCUGGAGCGUUCGCCCAACUACUGCGAAGAGGACACGGCCACAGGAAGCACAGGAACUCGGGGCAGGCUGUGCAACGGCACCUCGACCCACACAGACAGUUGUAAUGUAAUGUGCUGCGGUCGGGGCUACAACACGCACCACUACACCCGCAUCUGGCAGUGCAACUGCAAGUUCCACUGGUGCUGUUUCGUCAAGUGCAACACCUGCAGUGAGAAAUCAGAAGUUUUCACCUGCAAGUAGGAAAUGAGGAUGUGGGGCACCGGGGUCUGGGGAAAACGGACAAUGGCUGAACAUAAAAAAAGUGAUUACAAAGUGGAAUUUGAAGUGAAGGACCUGGAAGUAUUUAUUCAACAAUUUGCACAUUUUUACAUCCUAUUUUGGAAUUCUUUAAAGAAAGGAUAAACAGACAUGAGGGUUGGAAAGCAUUGGGGAAAAAAAACAUGACACGAGUGAUGUAAAAAUAAGAGAAACACAAGACAACGUCUUGCAAAGAUGUCAUUUACAGAUGUCACGCACGAGAGGGAAAACAAUAAAGACGACUGUCGGAUCUUGAGAAGAGUUUUGCCACACGCUAACUCGAAAUUCUACGACAGCGAAAAGCCUCAGACUGUCACGGGAGAAGAGACUCCUGAAGACAGCUACGGAAUAAUUUUAACUGUACGCUCACACUGUAUUCUGUUUGAACACUGAAAAUAAAGCAAAAUUAUUUAUGUAAAA